CAGUUUAUACCUAUAAACUCUAUCUAGUGCGAACUGACAGUAUUAGUUCAUAACAGUAGUAUUAAGGACUUUUAUAAGUAAAAAUGUGAAUAGUUAUUUCUAUGAGAGUGGUGAAAAGUUAGUACCUAUGGACGGGGUAAGGUGAAUGUCCUGUGAAACAAAUUCGAAAAUAAACGGCGGCCUUGAAAAGUACGGAAGUGUUCAAAAUAAAUCUAAUGUAUUGAAGUUUUCAAGUGUGGUGUUUGCUGUUGGUAUUAUAGCUGCAGCGUCAUCACAUACGAGGAAAUCAUGGGGGUCACUCUUCAAAUCAUCGGCACGACGAUAAUAUGCCUUUCCUGCGCAAACAUGGGUAUAUUGAUGGCAUGGCCAUCGUCCACCAUCCUACUCUUCAAGUCUGAAAACACAACUCUUCACCGGCCGAUGAGAGCAGCAGAAGUGUCACUCCUCGGCAGUCUGCCUUCCAUAGGAUGUCUGAUAGCCAACCCUAUAGCUGGGCUGGUACUAGACAGGUUGGGUAGAAAGAAAUCAGUCACAUUAUCUUCUCUUAUUUUCGUGAUAGCGUGGUCAAUAAUAGCUCUAUCAAGUCAAGUAGAAGUGAUUCUUACUGCGAUGUUCAUAGGAGGUCUCGGGUUCGCCGUGUUCCUGGAAUCUACUAUUUAUAUUAGCGAGAUAUGCCAGGAUUCCAUAAGAGGCACAAUGACAUCAGGGCCGAUGCAGUUCUAUGGGUUUGGGAUCCUGGUGUCCUACUUCCUGGGUGGAUGCCUGACGUACCACCACAUGGUGUACGCCUGCCUCUCACUCUCCGUGGUGGGCGUGCUGCUGCUGUCCGUGCUCAAGGAGUCACCACUGACACUGAUGGCUAAAGGACGUGAAGAGGACGCUGCAAAUUCGAUAGCGUUUUAUAGAAGCGAAAAGACGACAUCUAAAGAAGUUUUGCAAGAAAUAGACAAACUGAGGCGGAUCUUCAAUGUGAACGGAGAUGAUGUCCAAGCCUUGACAACGAUCGAUGAAAGCUUAGCACCUUUGCCAAAGAAUAAGAAAGUGUCUUGUUGGCAAUUUUUCAAAAAUUCACCAUCGACACGACGAGAGUUUUACAUAAUAAUGGCCCUCAAAGUAGCGUACAUCAUGCAAGGACUACCAGUAGUUCAGGUUUACGCAGAGCCUAUGUUUGCCGAGGCAGUGCCCCGUGACGUCAUCUCGCCGAACCUAUGCAGCGUGCUCAUGGGAGUCGUCAUGAUUGUCGCUGGCAGUAUAUCUGCGUUCCUGACCGAUAUACUUGGGCGACGGCCACUGAUAAUUUACUCGUCAAUAGCUGCUGGUUUGUGCUGCGUGGUACUAGGAACGCAGAUCCUGACGGAGUGGGGUCCUACGUGGAUAAUUCCCAUGUUUAUUUACGUGUAUACAAUGUUCUAUACAUUUGGGGCUGGAACCGUGCCUGUAGUCAUUUUGGCUGAAGUGUUUUUACCUGAGGUAAAAAGCAUAAUGUCAAUGCUAGCAGUGGAGUGGUCGUGGACAAUGUGUUUCUUCGUCCAGUUCAUAUUCAACCUCCUAAUAAGUUCUGUAGGCCUGGUACCUGUCUUUUACUUCUUCGCUUUCAUGUGCUUUUCUACAGCAAUCUUCUUCUUUUACUUCUUGCCAGAGACCAAAGGACUGUCAGUGUAUGCCAUACAAGAAUUAUUUUCUAAGAAAUGGUUACGUUAAUUUAGUAUUUGUUUUGUUAAUAAGAAUUUAUUAUUAUAGACAUGUACAUAAUUUA